AUGGGAGUCUCUGACACUGAUGAUUAUCAGGCCACAAUUCAGAAAAGUCAUGCCAGAAUGGGUGACCUUAAAGCCUUUGAUGAUACUAAGGCUGGGGUUAAAGGGCUUGUUGACGCUGGAAUCACCAAAGUACCUGAAAUAUUCAUUCUACCACCAAAAAACAGGCCAGAAUCCUUGGAUAGAUGUGGGUCACCGUUCAUUUUUCCAAUGAUAGACCUUGAAGGCAUGGAUGAAGACCCAAUCAAGCAUAAAGAGAUUGUGGACAAAGUUCAAGAUGCAUCGGGGACAUGGGGUUUCUUCCAAGUGGUUAAUCAUGAAAUUCCAACUUCUGUCCUUGGAGAAAUGUUGCGAGGAACAUGA